CCUCUGUGAGUCAGUCUGGUUUCCAUUCGUUGUUCGUCUGGAAUGAAGUUGGACUGAAGAGGAGCGAGGAAGAGGAGCGAGGAAGAGGAGGCUGAAAACAGAUGGGGAGAAAGAGAAAAGAGAGGAAGGCCCAGUCAGUCAUGAUGGCAUCCAGCAGAGGACAGACAGGAAGUCUCAACCUGCUGCACUUCCUGUUGGGUGUGUUGCUGGUUCAUCCAGAAAGGGGCGUGUCCUUGGAACUGCUGCCAUCAACCUCAGAAGUUCUACUCCAAUCAGAUUCCACCUUUACUGUUGCGUGUUCUGGAUGGAGUGAGGUGAGGUGGAGGUUCCCUCAGGAUUCCCAGGGAGAUGGAGUCCAAGUGGAGGACCAGGGGUCCAGCAGCAUCCUGCAUCUCUCUCAUGUCACCUGGAAGAACUCUGGUCGGUACACCUGUGAGGAGACAUCAGCUGAUCAGAAAAGACACAUGGACAUCUUUAUACCCGGAAGAGGUCCUGAUGAGUGGUUUGUCCCGAAUAGUCCAAGUAUUGUGAUGAAGGAGACAGAAGAAGGCACUGUCCCCUGUCUAGUGUCCGACCCCCGGCUCAAAGUGUCCCUAAUCGAACGUCUUGGAAAGACGUCGGUCAGUGGAAUGACAUAUGAACCAGGUCACGGCUUCACGGGCCGUCUUAAUGACACGUCAUACAUGUGUGUGGCAUCCAACGGAGACAAUGAGACGGAGUCCCAGGUAUACUAUGUCUUCAGCAUUGAAGGUGAGUCCAGUUUUAUGAUUGCACCGGUCUGUUACCUGUCUGUCUCUGUUACCUGUUGCCUGUCUCUGUCUCCACCUAUCUGUUACCUGUUGUCUGUCUUUGUCUCCACCUGUCUGUUACCUGUUGCCUGUCUUUGUCUCCACCCAUCUGUUACCUGUCCAUCUCUGUUACCUGUUGUCUGUCUUUGUCUCCACCUAUCUGUUACCUGUCCAUCUCUGCUACCUGUUGCCUGUCUCUGUCUCCACCUGUCAGUCCCUCAGGUGAUGGAGGUGGACUUGUCUGUGUCCAGCAGCGUCCUGAAGCGGGGGGAGGUUCUGAUGAUUAACUGCACCGUCAAAGACGCUGAGAAUGUCUUCUUCUCCUGGCGCUUUCCCCGCAGCAAGGAAAUAGAACCUGUAACAGAUUUACUGUCCAAUCAGAUCCGCUCCUUUGUCAACAUCACCACAGCAACGGUGGCGGAUUCAGGUGUGUAUGUUUGUGAGGUUGGAGAGACAAAGCAGGGACGAAGGAUGGAGAAAAACAUCACAGUAACUGUGCUCGACCGAGGUUACGUCUACCUGUGGCCAUCAGGUGACAGGAACGUGUCAUCUGUCCUGCAUGACACGGCAGUCCUCACCGUGGAUAUUGAUGCCCAUCCCACCCCCACCGUCCUCUGGACCAGAGACAACCAGACCAUUUCCAUGGAAACCACCACCACUCACCUGACAGGCAGCAGGUACAUGAGCACCUUGACACUGCGUCGACUGCAGAUGGAUCAGACAGGAAGUUACACCGCGACCGCUUCCAACGAAGACGACUCUGAUGAGGUCAUCUUCUACCUGGAGGUGAAAGCACCCCCCAAAAUCAGGUCCCUGUCAGACGUUGGCAGCAACACUUUUGUUUGUGUCGGUGAGGGAGCUCCGCCCCCUGUUAUUACCUGGUACACCUGUCACAGUUCUCACAGGUGCAGUAAUUUGAGUGGCAGCUGGAGGAGCAUAUCAGAUGCUUCAGAGGGCGUGACCCUGCAGGAGAUUAUCACCGAGGUGACAGAGAGGGACGUUGUUGAGGUACGAAAUGUAUUGACUCUUCAGGCUCUGAGCUCCGUGUCAGCUGUUCGUUGUGAAGCCCGAAAUUCAGCUGGAGAACGAAGCCGAGACCUCCAAGUUCUGUCCAACUCUCUCCUGUCCCAGGUUGCAGUCUUGGCAGCGGUUGUUUUUCUGGUCAUUAUAGCCAUCAUCUUCCUCAUCAUCCUCAUUGUCCUCUGGAGAAAGAAACCUCAUUACAAAGGUCGAUGGAAGGUGAUAGAGUCCGUAAGUUCUGACGGACAGCAGAUAGUCUACAUGGACCCCGCAGACCUGCCCUACAGCUCCACCUGGGAAAUACCACGAGACCAUGUAGUACUUGGUCAGGUUUUGGGUUCUGGUGGAUUCGGGCGUGUCGUCGAGGCAACCGUCUCUUGUCUAACUGGCCCCAAGUCUACAACCAAAGUGGCCGUGAAGAUGGUGAAAACAAGAACUGAUGCAGUUCAGUCUCUGAUGUCGGAGCUUAAGGUUUUGGUUCAUCUUGGUCCUCACCUGAACAUCGUCAACCUGCUGGGAGCCUGCACAAGAGGAGGUCCGGUUUAUCUGAUCACAGAGUUCUGUCGUCAUGGAGACCUCCUGACCUACCUGCAGAAGAACAGACACACCUUGCUCCAGGGUUACACACCCACCAAGAGUGACAGUGAUGGCGGCUACAUGGACAUGAACAAAGAGGAGAGUGUUCAGUACGUUGCUAUGAAGGAGCUCAGCCAUGCCGCCAUCAAGCCCGCCGUGUAUGAGACAGCACACAUACCAGCAGACCAGCAGGAGGCGUCAUCACUCCUCCUCAAUGACUCACCUCUUCUCACCCACAAUGACCUAAUCAGCUUCUCCUUCCAGAUUUCUCAAGCCAUGGAAUUCCUCUCCUUCAGAAAGUGUGUCCACAGAGACCUGGCAGCGAGGAACGUCCUGAUCUGUGACGGGAAGCUGGUGAAGGUCUGUGACUUUGGUUUGGCAAGAGACCUGCUGAAGCACCAGGAUUACAUUGUCAGAGGAAAUAGCUUUCUUCCACUGAAGUGGAUGUCUCCAGAAAGUAUCUUCCAGAACAUCUACAGCUUUCAGAGUGAUGUCUGGUCCUUUGGAGUCCUCCUUUGGGAGAUCUUCUCACUGGGUGGCCGUCCAUACUCGGACUUCCCGUUAACCCAAGUCUUCUCCUCUGCGCUAAAGAACGGACUCCGAUUGGACCGACCAGAAAACGCUCCACAUGACAUGUAUGAUCUGAUGAAGCAGUGCUGGAAAGACGAACCCCAGUCCAGACCAUCCUUCUCCUCACUGGUUGUCGCCGUGGGCAACAUGAUGAGUGACACCUACAAACAGCAUUACAUCCAGCUGACUGAAAACUUCCUGGAAGAUGACAGUCCAGCUGUUGUUCAAUCCAGAUGGAGCUCAUCCAGAAAUGCUGAAUACCAGACUGACAGACGGGGAAAUCCACCUGAAGAGAAAGUCAACCUACUGGAGGAGGAGCUAGUGGAGGCAAGCCACUCCCACAACAUUCCUGCUGGUGACAUCAGUACAGAGGGAAACACUGGCACUGCGCUGGACGCAGUCAGCCCUCUUUCAGAUCCUCCCAUCAUCCUGCAGUCAGAGGAGGAAGUAGCAGUACAGGAAGUUAUAUCAUCAAAGAAAACUGCUUCACCUCCUGCAUCAUCCUGCUGCCAUGUAGAAGAGGAGAGCUGCAUGUGAAGAGUUCAGCUGCCUGGCAGACGAACGGAGGGUUUAGUUAACCCAAAUCAUCUGCCAAGGCCUCCUCCAGCUGGACCAAUCAGAUGCCUGGUCAUUAUGAACUCAGACUAGAAUCUAAGACUGUAGGAAUGAACUUCAUGGUUUCUGUUCCCUCAGUACAGACUGUAAAGGCUUUCAGAAGGAGUUCCUUUACGUUUUAUCAUGUAACACUUGUUUUCUACAGCAGGUCUUGGAUCAGAUUUAUACUCUGUUGUAUUCCUUAUGUACUCAUAUGAAUUGUUUAUCCAUUUCUCACACAAACUGCUGACAUGUGUUAGAACUGAAUUCUUUAUUAAAAUUAAUCCAGCAGCUUCUCUGACCCCCACUGUAGUCUUCAUCAGCUCACUGAUUCCACGCUGAGCAAAGACUUCCUCAAAUUCUCUUUCCAGGUAGAAACCAGGAAUGUUUGCUCCAUUGUGACAUUCAAAAUCAUUUUGAAUGUCUAGACAGAUGAGGAUGAGUACCUCCGUAGAUUGGCAUGUAAGUCUUUUAUUCAGGAUUUGCAGCUAUGUUGUUGGUGACAUGAAUGCGAAUGUAAGAAUAGGAGCUAUACUUAUACCAGCAAGGCCUGGCACUGAAGUUCCAGGCUGGACCACUGCUUCUGUGCAGUGGAUGCUCAUGACUCCACCAAUAUGAUAAUUUAUUAUGAUCUGACUACUACAGACUAUAUACUCUUUCUCAUGGUGUUAGUAAAAAUGGUCUAAGAAAAGAUCUUAAGGUCUCAAAAGAUACCUUACUUUGUCGGGAUCUGAACUGUAAGAAUGUACAGCACUAAGAAAUUUUGUGCCCGGUAUGAGCUAUCAUGGAGUCACUCUGUAUCUGGAGCAGGCCCCUAUGUUAACAUCAGACUAAAGGGUGCUAUGCUAAGCCAGGUUGGAAGGAUCAUGUGGAAGAGCUCCAUGCAGAGGCCCGAAAUGCUUUUAAAAAUGGGCUGAGGUGGGCAAAAGCAGACAUGGCCCUCUGUUAGAAAAUAAAAAAAUGCUCUAAUGCUUAAUUUAAAUAUGCACUUCAUUGUAUUAAAAGAAACAAAAAUACUAUGAGGUCAGAUUCACUGGCAAGGAAGCUGCAAAAACUAAUGUUAAUGACUUCUGGACAUUCUCUUCCGGCUCUCAACGAAGGCAGACGCUUUUCUUCGCUCUCCCUCCUCCCCACUCUGCCCUGCUACUUGUCCUGUCAUCUCUGAGAGACUCUCUGCAUUUCUUUCUGAAACCAAAUCUAGAACCAUGGAUUUGAUCAGCUGGUCCCAAAAUGCAAUUGACCAAAUUUAUUCUAACCGGAAAACAGGUGUAGGGGAGCCUGCUUGUCCUGGCAGAACGUUUUCGGCUGGAUAUGUGAUGGAUUCCUGGGGAGUGUGGAAAGUCAUGUGCCUGUCGAUCUUGUCUGUCGAGGACGCUGAAGACAGCUAUACAUUCGGAUUGAUGAUAACUGGGUUUCUGCUGUUUGAAGCGGACGGUUUCCUGGCAUAUCGCAAAAUUUGGACACUGUCGGCGGCCUCUGGCAAGCUGCCGGAUUUCUGUGCCGGUGUGUGUUGAGCUAUGAACAAUCAGACUUUGGCGUUGCAGGAGAUUAAUCGUAAACUGGAGGCUAUUCUAGCUCAGAAUAGCAAGCUGGUUGCGAUUCUGGAGCUCGUACGUGGGGUGGACACCAACUUGGAGAAGCUGUCGGCUUGGCUGGAUGGAAAUUGACCCAUAAAUUUGGAUGAUUUAGAGUCGCCAGUGGGACCACUGAGAGACUCAAGGCAGAUGAAACAGCUCUGGUCUGAAACUAAAACAAAGGCUGUUAUCUGAUUCUGCUCCCUGUACUGGCCUUGGAUGGCUGGCUAUAAAGUUCUCCUGGAAGGUUAUGUUGAUGGAUGCUCAGUCCCCCCCACUCUCCUCUUGGGCGGGGGACUUUUUCCUGUAUCAGCUCCCAAGGACGCCCCACUAUCAUCAGGUGGCAGAGACUGGAGAAAAUGAACUGGGAGAAAGUUCACAAGCUCACUUACUGCACACACAUGCACCACACUCAAAUACACUACUGACACACCUCCCCCGAUGAUUCACUGCCUUGGUCGAUCCUUCCCCCCUUCCCUCCAGUCCCGUGCGGCGGGUCGACUGGAUGCGCUCAUGUUCAGCUGCGUCCUCACCCCCUCUCCCCCCUGCCAUGUAUUUCUUAUGCUGUGAAUGUCUGAAUUUGUACUUUUAUGUACUUUUUUUGUAUCUCCACACUGGGCCUAAGGGCCUAAGGGCCCAGUGUGGAGAUACCUUUUUUUGCUCUAGCCUCAUCUUAUUCGCCUCAUGUUAUCUUUUCCAUCUAUAUCUAAUACUAAUAUAGGUGCGCCGCACCGUGGCUGCUGCCUCAGUCUGCCUAAUCCUGUUUGUGUUUACAUGUUGUUGCUGUCUACUCUUGGACAGGUUGUAUUGGAAACAAUUUCGUUGUACCUGUGUCCUGCACUGUGUAUAAUGACAAAUAAAUCUGUUGAAUCUUGAAAGAAAUAAAAACUUUUAAUAAUUAA